ACCACCACCUCCCUUUCAUAGGUUGCAGCUGCCCUCCUGGAGGUGUCCUACAGGUGAAAAGCCCAGCAUCCUGGUCAGGAUUUAAGUUUACCUCAAAAACAGAAGAUAUUAACAUGGAGAGUUUCAAUUUUGAAGAUCUCUGGAAAGGUGAAGAUUUUAGUAAUUACAGUUACAGCUCUGACCUGCCCCCUUCUCUAUCAGAUGUCGCCCCAUGUCGACCAGAAUCCCUGGAAAUCAACAAGUAUUUUGUGGUCAUUAUCUAUGCCCUGGUAUUCCUGCUGAGCUUGCUGGGAAACUCCCUCGUGAUGCUGGUCAUCUUACACAGCAGGGUCGGCCGCUCCAUCACUGAUGUCUACCUACUGAACCUGGCCAUGGCCGACCUACUCUUUGCCCUGACCUUGCCCAUCUGGGCCGCCUCCAAGGUGAAUGGCUGGAUUUUUGGCACACUCCUGUGCAAGGUGGUCUCACUCCUGAAGGAAGUCAACUUCUAUAGUGGCAUCCUGCUACUGGCUUGCAUCAGUGUGGACCGUUACCUGGCCAUUGUUCAUGCCACACGCACACUGACCCAGAAGCGCUACUUGGUCAAGUUCGUAUGUCUCAGCAUCUGGGGUCUGUCCUUGCUCCUGGCCCUGCCCGUCUUACUUUUCCGAAGGACUGUCUACCCGACCUAUAUUAGCCCAGUCUGCUAUGAGGACAUGGGCAACAAUACAGCAAAAUGGCGGAUGGUGUUGCGGGUCCUGCCCCAGACCUUUGGCUUCAUGGUGCCGCUGCUGAUCAUGCUGUUCUGCUAUGGAUUCACCCUGCGCACGCUGUUUAAGGCCCACAUGGGGCAGAAGCACCGGGCCAUGCGGGUCAUCUUUGCUGUCGUCCUCAUCUUCCUACUCUGCUGGCUGCCCUACCACCUGGUCCUGCUGGCAGACACCCUCAUGAGGACCCGGUUGAUCAACGAGACCUGUCAGCGCCGCAAUGACAUCGACCAGGCCCUGGAUGCCACCGAGAUUCUGGGCAUCCUUCACAGCUGCCUCAACCCCCUCAUCUACGCCUUCAUUGGCCAGAAGUUCCGCCAUGGACUCCUCAAGAUUCUAGCCACACAUGGCUUGAUCAGCAAGGACUCCCUGCCCAAAGACAGCAGGCCUUCCUUUGUUGGCUCUUCUUCAGGACACACUUCCACUACUCUCUGAGACGUCCUGCCUAAGUGCAGCCCCGUGGGGUUCCUCCCUUCUCUUCACAGUCACAUUCCAAGCCUCAUGUCCACUGGUUCUUCUUGGUCUCAGUGUCCGUGCAGCCCCCAUUGUGGUCACAGGAAGCAGAGGAGGCCACGUUCUUAUUAGUUUCUCUUGCAUGGUUUAGAAAGCCUGCCCUGGUGCCUCACCCCUUGCCAUAAUUACUACGUCACUUGCUGGAGCUCUGUCCAUCCCGCCCCUGAGCCCAUGGCACUCUGUGUUCUAAGAAGUGAAAAUCUACCCUCCAGUGAGACAGCUCUGCAUACUCAUUAGGAUGGCUAGUAUCAGAAGAAACAAAAUCAGCCUGGCCAACACAGUGAAACCCUGUCUCUACUAAAAAUACAAAAA